CUAAAGCCCAGCCAUUCCCAGUCACGUGAGCGAUGCCUAGAAAGUGCGCAUGCGCCUGGCUCCAGGCUUGGCGUUUGUUAGGGAGAAGCAGCUGUCCCAGAUGGAUAAUGGGUAAGGAGCAAUCUGAAAUUUGAUUCAGAAAGAAGAUAAAGGUGGUGACAAUAGGUAAAAGGUUUUUCUACCAAAGGAAACUUUGGCUAGAGAAAUUUUAAGUGAAAUCAGCACUGAAAUUUGUUGCCUACUCCAAUCAAGAUUUGUAGACUAUACAAAAAUUCUACUGAAGUUUGCACCUGUAGAUUAAUACCAAGACAGUUUUAGAAUGUCUAGCAAAGAAGUGAAGACGGCUCUAAAAAGUGCUAGAGAUGCAAUCAGAAACAAAGAAUACAAAGAAGCUUUGAAACAUUGUAAGACAGUUUUAAAGCAAGAGAAAAAUAACUAUAACGCCUGGGUUUUUAUUGGUGUUGCUGCAGCUGAGCUAGAACAACCUGAUCAGGCCCAAGGUGCCUAUAAGAAAGCUGCUGAACUAGAGCCAGACCAAUUACUAGCAUGGCAGGGGUUAGCAAGCUUAUAUGAGAAAUGUAAUCACAUAAAUGCUAAGGAUGACUUGCCUGGUGUCUACCAAAAGCUCCUGGAUCUCUACGAAAGUGUUGACAAACAGAAGUGGUGUGAUGUCUGUAAGAAACUCGUGGAUCUCUAUUACCAAGAGAAGAAACAUGUAGAGGUGGCCCGAACAUGGCACAAGUUGAUAAAGACACGGCAGCAAGAGGGUGCAGACAACCAAGAGCUUCACCAGCUAUGGAGGAAAUUGACUCAGUUUCUGGUCGAGAGUACUGAGGACCAGAAUAAUGAAACCCAGCAAUUGCUUUUAACAGCUUUUGAGAAUGCAUUGGGCUUGUCAGAUAAGAUUCCUAGUGAAGAUCACCAGGCACUUUAUAGACAGUUCAUUCAGUGUUUACUCAAGUUUCCUCAUGAAACUGCUAGGUUGAAGAAGGCCUGUGAAGGAAUGAUUAACAUCUAUCCCACUGUACAGUAUCCGUUAGAAGUGCUUUGUUUGCAUUUAAUUGAAUCAGGAAGUUUUACUGAUGAAGCACACCAGUAUUGUUGCAGAUUAGUGGAAAUGGAUUCAAGAAGUGGCCCAGGCCUCAUUGGCUUUGGCAUUAAAGCAUUACAAGACAAAAACUGUGAAGAUGCUAUUAAGAACUUAACAGAAGGGUUAAAGGAAAGCCCUCUCUGCACAAAUGGAUGGUAUCAUCUGGCAGAAGCCCAAGUCAAAAUGCAUAGACCUAAGGAAGCUGUUCUUUCAUGCAAUCAAGCUCUGAAGAACAUUGAUAAUCUUGGUGUAUCUGGUGGUGGUCUUCAUCAGAAGAAUCUUUGUCUUCAUUUGAAAGCAGAGGCUUUGAUUAAACUCUCAGAUUAUGAAUCUUCAGAGGAAGCAAUUCAUACUCUUGAUCAGGUCUCUGAUGCAAAUAAUGUCCCAGGACUUUUGGUUCUCAGAAGCUUGGCCUAUCUGAACAAAGGCUUGUUAGAUGAAGCUACAAAGAUUAUGGAAGACCUUCUCUCUUCUUACCCUGACCUAGCCGAAGCUCAUGCCCUCAAGGGUUUGAUUCAUUUUACCAAAAGGGACUAUCUACAAGCAGAAAAAUGUUUUCAGAGGGCUCUUGAGAAAGACAGUGAAGUUGCUGAAUAUCACUACCAACUUGGGUUAACAUACUGGUCCAUGGGUGAAGAAACAAGAAAAGAUAAAACAAAGGCUUUUACCCACUUUCUGAAGGCUGCAAGACUGGAUACAUACAUGGGCAAAGUUUUCUGCUACUUAGGUCAUUAUUACAGAGAUGUAGUGGGAGAUAAAGGCAGAGCCCGUGGGUGUUACAGGAAAGCUUUUGAAUUAGAUGACACUGAUGCCGAAUCAGGAGCUGCAGCAGUUGACCUAAGUGUGGAACUUGAAGAGAUGGACACUGCUUUAGCUAUCCUAACUGCAGUCACUCACAAGGCAAGUGCUGGAACCGCAAAAUGGGCCUGGCUGAGGCGGGGACUAUACUAUUUGAAGGCAGGUCAACAUUCUCAAGCAGUGGCUGAUUUACAGGCAGCAUUAAGAGCAGACCCAAAGGACUUCAAUUGUUGGGAGUCAUUAGGAGAGGCAUACUUAAGCAGAGGUGGCUAUACAACAGCUUUGAAGUCCUUCAUCAAAGCCAGUGAGCUGAACCCAGAAUCCAUAUACAGUGUGUUUAAGGUUGCAGCAAUACAGCAAAUCCUAGGCAAAUACAAGGAAGCUAUAGCUCAAUACCAGCUGAUCAUUCAAAAGAAUGAAGAUUAUGUGCCUGCUUUGAAAGGUCUGGGUGAAUGCCAUCUUAUGAUGGCAAAAGCAGCUCUAGUGGAUUAUCUUGAUGGGAAAGCUGUAGACUACGUAGAGAAAGCACUGGAAUAUUUUACUUGGGCUCUGCAGCACCGAGCUGAUGUGUCCUGCCUUUGGAAGCUCGUUGGGGAUGCUUGCACCAGUCUGUAUGCCGUCUCACCAUGUAAAGUGAAGGUUAAUGUCGUCGGAGUCCUUCUAGGUCAGAAAGAAGGAAAACAAGUAUUGAAGAAAAAUGAGCUCCUCCAUCUUGGAGGAAGGUGUUAUGGUCGUGCAUUAAAACUGAUGUCUACAUCUAAUACCUGGUGUGAUCUUGGAAUUAAUUAUUAUCGCCAAGCACAGCAUUUAGCUGAGACAGGCAGCAAUAUGGAUGAUCUUAAAGAGUUGUUGGAGAAAUCUUUACAUUGUCUGAAAAAGGCAGUGAGACUGGACAGUAAUAACCACUUAUACUGGAAUGCACUUGGUGUGGUAGCUUGUUACAGUGGUAUCAGAAAUUAUGCCCUUGCUCAACACUGUUUCAUCAAGUCAGUUCAGUCAGAACAGAUUAAUGCUGUUGCAUGGACCAACUUGGGAGUGUUAUACCUCGCGAACGAAAACAUUGAGCAAGCUCAUGAAGCUUUCAAAAUGGCCCAAUCUCUUGAUCCAUCUUAUUUAAUGUGCUGGAUUGGACAAGCUCUGAUUGCAGAGACAGUUGGAAGUUAUGACACAAUGGAUCUCUUUAGGCACACUACAGAGCUCAGUAUGCACACUGAAGGUGCAAUCGGUUAUGCCUACUGGGUCUGUACAACGUUGCAAGACAAAAGCAACAGAGAAACAGAACUGUACCGCUACAACGUUCUGCAGAUGAAUGCUAUUCCAGCAGCACAAGUUGUUUUGAGUAAAUACACAGAAAGAAUUCAGGAUUAUGCUCCAGCUUUCACAAUGUUGGGUUACUUAAAUGAACAUCUACUACUGAAAAAGGAAGCAGCAGAUGCAUACCAAAGGGCAAUUUUGUUGUUACAGACUACGGAAGACCAAGAUACUUAUAAUGUUACAGUAAGAAACUAUGGCAGAUUGUUAUGUUCCAUUGGUGAAUAUGAUAAAGCAAUCCAGGUUUUUAAGUCAACACGUCUUGAAGAGUUGGAGGACAUCAUAGGUCUUGCAUUAGCUUUAUUUAUGAAGGGUCUAUAUAAAGAGAGCAGCAAAGCCUAUGAGAGAGCCUUGUCUAUUGUUGAAUCAGAGCAAGACAAAGCACAUGUCUUGACAGCUCUGGCAAUAAUGGAGUGUAAACAAGGAAAAAUGGACACAGCCAAGACAUUGCUCUUUAAAUGUUCUAUCUUAAGGGAACCAACCGCAGAAAGCCUUCAAGCCCUGUGCGCUCUAGGAUUGGCAAUGCAGGAUGUUACACUAUCCAAAGCAGCGCUUAAUGAAUUACUGAAACACAUCAAACAGAAAGACAAUGAUUAUCAGAGGUGCCUUCUUACUACAGCUAUUUAUUCACUCCAAGGCCACAGUGUGGCAGUACAGAGACAAGCGUCUAAAGCUGUUCACAGUAACCCAGGUGACCCCGCCCUUUGGUCUUUGCUGUCCCGAGUGGUUGCUCAGUAUGCUCAGCGAAAUGCAAAGGGAGGUGCUCUAGCAGGAAAUGUGGCUCAUAUACUGGACUCAAAUCAUGGAAAGAAGGCAUUGCUGUACACUGCAGUAAAUCAGUUGGCUUUGGGAAGCAGUUCAGCUGAAGAUGAAAAAAAUACUGCUCUAAAGACCAUUCAGAAGGCGGCUUUCCUUUCUCCAGGUGACCCUGCUGUCUGGGCUGGGCUAAUGGCAGCCUGUCAUGCUGAUGAUAAACUGGCUCUAGUGAACAAUACUCAGCCAAAGAGGAUGGACUUAUACUUGGCACUGUUAUCUGCAAUUUCUGCUUCAAUUAAAGACAAAGAAUUCCCUGAAAAUUACAACCAAUCUCUUGAAAAGUGGUCUCUGUCCCAAACUGUCACUGGUCUAAUAGAAACUGGAAGAAUAUCUGAAGCUGAAGCCCUCUGCACAAAGAAUUUAAAAAGUAACCCUGAGCAGCCAGCUGUUAUCUUACUUUUGAGACAAGUUCAGUGUAAACCACUCCUGGAGUCACGAAAACCUCUCCCAGAUGCUGUUCUUGAAGAACUGCAAAAAACGGUCAUGUCCAACUCAACCUCUGUUCCUGCUUGGCAGUGGCUGGCACACGUGUAUCAGUCCCAAGGAAUGAUGAGUGCUGCAGAGAUGUGUUACAGGAAGAGCCUACAAGUGGCAUCCCAACAGGGCAGUUGGAGUGGGAAGCUUUCAAGUCUCUUGAGACUAGCACUGCUUGCAUUAGAAGUCUGCAUGGCUAAUAUUUCCAAUGAUCACUGGCGAUCCUUAGUUCAAGAAGCUACAACUGAGGCCUUGAAGCUUUGCUUUUGUCCACUGGCUGUUCUUGUACAAGCUUUGUUACAAUUCAACCGCAAAAUGGGGGCAAGAGAGACACGGCGACUUUUGGAGAGAGUGAUAUAUCACCCUGGGUACCCCAAAUCUAUUGUAUCAACUGCUCGUUGGUAUCUACUGAGACAUUUAUAUGCUAAAGAUGACUAUGAGCUAAUUGAUGUGCUAGUAAACAAUGCCAAAACGCAUGGAGAUACAAGAGCUUUGGAACUGAAUGAGAGAUUGUCAUCACAGUAACAAUGGAUUACUUUGUAGUAAGCAAGCAAAGAAAAAGCUGUAAGAAAGAAUCACUCCAUGAAUCAAGACUUUCCCCCAAAGCAACAUUUUCUUUAGACUAAAGUUAUAAUCGUCUUCUCCUUUUCUUUUUUUGAAUCUAAGGAAGCUGAAGUUCUUCAACUAAGGAUAUAAUUUUCCAUUAGCUUUUAAUCUGAAAAACAUCUUUGAUUUUGGAAAGUCCAUAAUGAAAGGAAAACCGUGAUUCCCUUAGUUCCUCAGCAAUUAUUUGUAAACCAUUGUUUUCUGCAUCAUCCAUCGUGCACAAUAGGCUUAUUUUUUUUUUUGUAAUCCCUUAAAAUAAAGCCUUAAUAGCAUUUUCUAAAUAAUAUGCAAAAGCAGAUUGGCACAAUGUAGAAUUUUCAUUUGUUAAAAAGUAAUUAAAAAAAUUAAAUUCCUUCUAUGAAUACUACAUUUCAGUAGACUAGCUCAUCAUAAAAUCCAAAUAAUCUUGUAAACUGUAUUGCUAGUGGUGCAUCUCAGAUACUGUUGAAGAAGCAUAAUAUAAAUGUUGGUGAGAUUUAGACUGCUAAUGGAUUUAUUUCUAUAAUUCAGAAUACUCAGGUGUGUGACUACAUUGAAAAACCUUAAAUGGAAUGUUAUGGCAGUAAUGCUGACAAUAUUUAAUCAAUCAUGCAAUUAUUUCAAUUAUGAGAAGACUGAACUUUCUUAAAUAAAAAAAAUAUAGUGUCUUGUUUUCUUUAAUAGUAGCAAUAUCAUAUACUCUCUAAAUUUCAAAUUUUAAAAACCUGAUAGCAGUUAUUUCUUUUUUUUUAAAUGCUCUUUUUAGAUUUGAAGAAACUGUCAUUUACUUUGAUUUUUAGAAAUGUUUUCAAAUGUUUAUGUAUUAUUUAUUCUAUAAAAAUGGAUGUGGUUGUAUAUUUUAUGUGUGUUAUUUUUUUUAAACAAGCACCUUCACAAUGUUACUUUGUGAGAUAAUAUGAAUUGAAAAUACUCUAAUUAAAAUGUACUUCAAAGGUUAAUCUAUUGAACUGAACUGUAAAUUGGUAAAUACUAAAUUUGGCUGGGCAUUAUCAUCUGAGAUGAUUAAAAAAAUUCUGACCUAUGCAAUCAGUAUCUUUAAGGAUGGGGCCUAGGACUCUGCAUUUUAAAGGAAUACCUAAGGGAUUCUAAUGUCCGUUCAGGUUUGUGAACCACUGGAAUAACCCAAUGAAUGUUGUGUCAUCCUUAUUUAACAAGAGCAAGCACAUCCCAUUCUCUCCCCAUUUCUUUUGCUCACACCGUCACACUGAGUUCAGUGCUUUUAACAGCCUUGCUCACAGACUUAGCCAGAGAGGUGUGGUGCCCACAUCUCUCAUUUCCUUAGCAAACGCUUCAGCCUUUGCCUCCAGGAUGUGCUGGCCCCAUCAGAACAUUUGGCAUUCAUUGUCAUCCUCCAUUUGCUUUCUGCUGGGUCUUUUGCUUCCCAGGGUUACUUCCGCCUAAAUUGUGGACUUAGUUAUUGAUUAGCCUUGGCUCCAGGCAAGGCUAACCAAAUCAAGGGGUAAACUUUUGACUCCCUUGCCCAAUUCUGGCUUCCACAGACCUCAGAUCCAGAUGUUCUAGAAAGGAACUUUGGAAAACACUUUAAUUAAUACCAUCUCAGGUAAUUUCUUUUUUGCAUGGAUGUACUCACACCCUCUCAACUUUUGUUUGCUGCCUUUUCUUCAAAUUGCUGCCCAAUUACUAAUAAUUUGUAUAUAGCUUACUUUGUUUCAGGCCUGGGCUAAGUGUUUUAAACAUUGUCAUUUAUUUCUAGUUAAUACAGGAGAGUGGUGCUAAACAGCCUGCUUAAGCAAAGAAAAUUUGAGGUGAAUCAGUGUUACCAGAUUCCAGAGACUCUAAAAGUACUCAGAAUUUUCCUUAGAAUUUAUACAUCUUUAAUUAGAUAAAUUAGAUCAAAAUUUAUUUCCUGAAAUACCAAUAUUUAACAAUCAUAUUAGAGUACUUAGUUAUUUUUCAAUUACAUUUUGUUUGAGAAUCAUAGUAUAUUUUCUGCCAGAUUUUAUCUGCCAUUUAGGAAUUCUUAAUUAUAUUUUAAUAGACUAGUUUGACAUCUGAAACAUUUCCUAGUUUUUUAUAGACUAGUUUGAUAAUCUAAAACAUGCAUUUCAGCUUAUAAAUUUUAGAACAAUCCUUUUUUUUUUUAUGGCGUGGGGGACCACUUAUAACAAAAACCUUAGUUUAAAAUGCUGUGCUCUUUUUUUCACUUUACAAAAUGAUUUAUUAGCUAACAUCCUUUAAUUUGGGAAUCUUCAUAGAACAGGACUGUACAGAAAUGCUCUGGUUGUAUAUUAAAGGAAUUAAAAGAUGUUAUUUAAAAAAGUAUGGAAUAUUACAUAAAUAUUUACAUGUAUGUAAUAUAAAUGGAUACAUAUUUGGUUACUCCAUAGAAAGUUUGAAUCUACCUUGGGGAAAUUAUAUAGAACACAAAAAUAAAGCAUAUUUUGAUGUGUGAGUUCAUAUAA